AGUUUUGUGAUGAGUGCCACGUUAUGUGUGACGAGAAUUUUCUUGACGUAUUCUGUCAAGUAACAAAAUCAAUUUCACGCUUUGCAAUGCGAAGUGUGUGUGGUAUUACAACAUGGGUUUUUUGGAAGAUACAUUCGUGAUCCUAAUCACACAGGUGGAAAUUUAUUUCCACUAAUAGAAAUAGAAUUUUGCCGGUACACGUAGAUGUUACACAGUUAGAUUAUCUUCUUUUUGGGAGGAUGGGUAUUUUUCGUAAAAAAAUUAUUUCGAGAUUAUGAGGUCCAUCACAGAUUAGUACAACUAAUUUUUUCCACUACAUUUUCAUUAUCUUGUACUAUGUUUGAGCUAAUUAUUUUUGAAAUAAUUGGAGUUCUUGACUCUAGUUCCCGAUAUUUUCAUUGGAAUGUUGGUCUUUAUAUGCUUCUGUUUAUGGUAAUUGUCUUAAUUCCAUUUUACAUAGCAUAUUUCAUCAUUAGUAAUAUUAGAUUUGUAAGACUGAAAUUGAUAAGACCAUUAACAUUUGUUGUGUAUCUCUUUUAUCUUUACUUAUUUUGGAAAGUGGGUGAUCCAUUUCCAAUUUUAAGUCCGAAAAAGGGCCUAUUAUCUAUUGAACAAGGCGUUAGUAGAAUAGGAGUUAUUGGUGUCACUGUUAUGGCACUGUUAUCAGGAUUUGGUGCUGUAAAUUAUCCAUAUACCUCAAUGGCUUAUUUUAUGCGACCUGUAACAUAUGCUGAUGUACAGGUUAUAGAAAAACGAUUGUUGCAAACAAUGGAUAUGAUUGUAGCUAAAAAAAAGAGAAUAGCAUUAGCUAAAAAGGGAGAAGUUGUAGGGCAAAACGGAGCUCGAUCUCGACUUUGGGGAAUGUUUGGCCCUUUAAGUGGUACUAAAAGUAAUCAGGAAAGUAUUAAACAGUUACAAAUUGAAGUUACAGCGUUGGAAGAAUUAUCUCGACAAUUGUUUUUAGAAGCACAUGACAUUCAAAAUGCAAGAGAACGUUUAGAAUGGGCUGCUACUUGGCAAGGAAAAUAUUUUAACGUUUUAGGAUACUUUUUCUCGGUGUAUUGUACUUGGAAAAUAUUCAUUUCAACAAUUAAUAUCGUUUUCGAUCGUGUGGGUAAGAAGGAUCCUGUUACUAGAGCAAUUGAAAUUGCAGUACAUUGGAUUGGUUUUGAUAUCGAUGUUACAUUUUGGUCUCAACACAUUUCCUUUUAUCUUGUUGGUUGUAUCGUAUUAACAUCAAUUCGUGGUUUAUUACUAACACUUACGAAGUUCUUUUACGCGAUAUCAAGCAGCAAAUCCUCGAAUAUUAUUGUACUUAUACUUGCUCAAAUAAUGGGCAUGUAUUUUGUAUCAUCUGUGCUUCUAAUGAGAAUGAAUAUGCCUGCGGAAUAUCGAAUUAUAAUAACUCAAGUUUUAGGAGAAUUGCAAUUUAAUUUUUACCAUAGAUGGUUUGAUGUUAUAUUUUUGGUAUCUGCAUUAUCAUCAAUAGUGUUUUUAUAUUUAGCUCAUAAACAAGCACCUGCAGAACGUAUUUAAUUUAAUAAAAUAUUUUUUUAA